GCUAUAGAAAAUAAUGCAUAUUAUUUUCACCCAGAAAAUAUAUUAUUAGCCAUGAUAACCGACGCUGAUCCAGAGAUACGUAAUGAUGGGUACGAAAAAAAUCAAAACAGCACGUCAAUAUCCACCAGCAGGGCUUCGCGUGUUCAAGGUCCCAAAGCGUGGCGUAAUAAACUUUGAAAGUAAGUCGUAUGUCAGCAUGAUCGAUUGGAGUCAGUUUAAGAUUACGGAACCCCCUUGUGUGCAGUUCUACCCAGAUAGUGAACUUACAAUGUUUCAAUUUUCGGAAAAUGAAGUGAUAAAUAUCCCAGAGUUCCUCUGUCAUUCCCAGAAUACCGAACGGUUUGUGCGUGUUGUUAGUGAGUCUGCAAGUGCUGUCACUGAUGAAAAGCGCCUGGGCCACAUUUUUGCAAAAUUAGAAAGCCGAGACCAAUAUAAAAGCCUUGAUUCGCGCCAAAAUUUGCUUAAGUAGCAAUAAAUAUUGUAAGUGAAAUAACUUUUUUGUUGAUUAUUUUAGUAAUAUAGUUUGAAGGCAACAUUUUCUUGAAUUUUUAAGUACUUUCGUUUGGUAAGGAAAAAAAUAUGCUUU